GUUAAAUACUUGCUUUGUGUUAUCAUACUGAUAAUAUUCACUAAUAUUUGAAAUAUUAUCACAUUUAACUCUAAACAAUUAAACGACUGAGGAAUUGUUUAAAUAUUUUGUUUGAUGAAGUGUAAAUUAAUUACAUUUUUAUUAAUUAUUUAAUUAAUUAAUUGAAGGUAUAAGUAUUGUAAUAUUAUAGUUGUUAAUUAUUACUAAAUAUUUCUUAACAUUUGAUAAAUUUGUUUCAAUAAAAAUUAACAAUUAGUUUAAUUUUUUACAUUAUUUAAUUAUUUAAAAGAUUAAAAAAAUAAUGUCUAUCGACAAUAACAGUUUAGAAGAUAUGGUUGAAAAGACAUUGGAAUCUGCUGGAGUACUUUCAAAAAUGAGGGCAGAACUGAGAGCUAAUGUUUUUCACAUUCUUGAAAAAGGUUCAUCAUUCCAAGAUAAAUCAUAUACGGAUACUAUUAAGAAAUUUACUUCUAAUGACAAUGGUGUGUUAUUGAUGUCUCUAGUCAAAAAUUUAUUUGAAUACCUUGGUUUAAGUUUUACUGCUUCAGUUUUUGAUUCAGAAACGGGGGCAGGACAGAAUUUUUCCUAUAAAAGCAAAGAUGACAUAUAUAAAGAAGUUUUACUACCAGAAGAUGAUAAAAAACCUAUAAUUUUGCAAAUAUUAGAACUUCAUAAAAUUCAUUAUGUAAAAGAUUUGAAGAUAAAUCAGGAAAGUAAAUUGACUGGGAGUAAUGAUUUAUCUUUAGAUAAUACAUCAACUUUUAAAGCUCAAUUGGACAUACCGCAAAAAACAAUUGAUUUUCACUCUUCUCCUUCUAAAUCGGCAAGUUUAACUUCUAUCAAAUCAACAGUACUCCAAAAAAAUGUAUACAUGAAUGAAAAACUAUCACAGGAUAAUAAAACUAAUCAUAAAAAUCAUUCAGAAGUUAAUAUUUCUGAUAAUCACCCCACUGAUAAUGAAAGUAUGACAGCUUCAUCUCUAAAAAUUAUUAAUGAAGAAAGUAAUUCAGAAUCAGAAAAUAAUCAAAAUGAAUCUAGCUUGGACGAAAUAGAAACCGAUGAAAAUAUGACAGUUGGAAAUGAUAGUAUUCAAAGUUCAUCAACAGAUUUAUCAUUAGGUAAAAUUGCCAGCUGACUGCAAUCUAUAUUUGUAUUUUUGAUUUUCUUAGAUAUUGUACUAAUAUUAAUAAAAUUAAAAUUUUAGAACUAGAACUAUACAUUUAAAAAAGCUUAAAUGUUUGAGUGUAAUGAUUUUUAAUAUUAAUUUUGUUUCUAAAAUCACUUAGAUUUAAAUGUUUGUCUAAGAAAAAAAAAUAGAUUUUAAAAUUAAAAUAUCACAUUUAUAUUUAUAUAAACUACAUUAGUUUAACAUGCAUUGUACUUUUUUUAAUGUGAUUUAUUUUGAAUAUUAAUUUUUUCUGUACUAUUUUUAGUAUUCCAUUCAAACAUUAAAAUUAUAUUUCUGUAACUUAUUUUUAAAAAUUUAAGAUAAUUUCUCUAUUUAUUAUAUUUUUAUAAUGAGACUGUUUCAGAAUGAUAUAUUCAAUACCAUAUUCUUAGUAAUCAUAGGCACAACUUGAAAAUAUUGUUUGUGAGAAAAUUGAAUUUCAAAAGUUUAGAUAAUAGGAUAUAAAGUUACGAGCCUUCAUUAUAAAUAACAUGAUUAUCAGGUAAAUUGAUAAUCUAUCAAUGAUCAAUAAAACAAUAUUUAUUAAUUUGGUAAUUUAAUAAUAAGAGUACAAACUAUUUAAAAUAAUGAACAAAAUGGAAAAA